AUGAGGAAUACAAAUUAUAAUAAUCAAAAGCCACCCACGGACCCCCACACCCAAUGCCAAUCCCACCCCACCGACGGACCCCCACACCCAAUGCCAAUCCCACCCCACCGACGGACACCCACACCCAGUGCCAAUCCCACCCCAACAACGGACCCCCACACCCAAUGCCAAUCCCACCCCACCCACGGACCCCCACACCCAAUGCCAAUCCCACCCCAACAACGGACCCCCACACCUAAUGCCAAUCCCACCCCAACAACGGACCCCCACACCCAAUGCCAAUCCCACCCCACCCACGGACCCCCACACUCAAUGCCACUCCCACCCCAACAACGGACCCCCACACCCAAUGCCAAUCCCACCCCAACAACAGACCCCCACACCCAAUGCCAAUCCCACCCCAACAACGGACCCCCACACCCAAUGCCAAUCCCACCCCAACAACAGACCCCCACACCCAAUGCCAAUCCCACCCCAACAACGGACACCCACACCCAAUGCCAAUCCCACCCCAACAACGGACCCCCACACCCAAUGCCAAUCCCACCCCAACAACAGACCCCCACACCCAAUGCCAAUCCCACCCCACCCACGGACCCCCACACCCAAUGCCAAUCCCACCCCAACAACGGACACCCACACCCAGUGCCAAUCCCACCCCACCCACAGACCCCCAAACCCAAAGCCAAUCCCACCCCAACAACGGACACCCACACCCAUUGCAAAUUCCACCCCAAUAACCAGUAA